UAUUAGCAUUAGCAUCUUAAAGAUCACACCUUUAUAACAUUUUACUGGUGGUUGGUACGUAGCGGGUAGAUUAAGGUACAAAGAUGGGAAGACAACCUUGUUGUGACAAGUUAGGAGUGAAGAAAGGGCCGUGGACAGUGGAGGAAGACAAAAAACUCAUCAGUUUUAUCCUAUCAAACGGUCAAUGUUGUUGGCGUGCCGUCCCUAAGCUUGCCGGACUCCACCGUUGUGGCAAGAGUUGCCGUCUCCGAUGGACCAACUACCUCCGACCAGACUUGAAGCGUGGCCUACUCAAUGAAUCCGAGGAACAACUCGUUAUCGAUCUUCAUGCUCACCUAGGCAACCGAUGGUCAAAAAUAGCAGCACGGAUGCCAGGAAGAACAGACAAUGAGAUUAAGAAUCACUGGAACACCCAUAUUAAAAAGAAGCUUCUGAAAAUGGGAAUUGAUCCCGUCACUCAUAAACCACUUCAAAAGGAAACUGAAGUAGAGAAGACAUCGUCUUCUUCAGUGGUAAACCUAUUACCACAAACUGAAGAAUACAACCCUUCAUUGCCUUCUAGAACUGUCUAUACCCUCGAAAGUUCUGAGGAGAACUCAAGCUCCAAACCUUCUGAAAACUUUCAAGAUCAUAAAAUAGAAACUUUCUUGGAUGGCUAUAGUGAAGAUGAGAAGUUAUUAAGCUACCUCUUAGGUGAGAAUGAAGCUCCACUCGUUGACACAACGACGUGGGAGUUAGCAAACAAUGGGACAAGCUUCAACAGGUGUGCUAAUAGCUUUGUCUCAUGGGAUGAUUGCACUACGUGGCUAUUAGAUUGUCAAGAUUUUGGUGUUCAUGACUUUGGACUUGACUCAUCUUUCAAUGACGUUGAGAUUAACAUCAUAAAUAUGGGAAGCAAAUAGUUUAUAUAUCAAUGCUUUAAGAGUAUACUUGUGUUGUUUAUAACUUCGUUUGUUGGCUUGCAGGCCGAACGAGUCAUAAACAACAUAGGUCCCAUCAUAAAAGUCAAGGCACAGUUAAAGGAAUUAGCAAGAAGAUGGUAAAAGGUGAUAGCAAUCCUUAGUCACCAUACAUCUCACAUGUUACAAAGCUAGUACCAUGUCUGGUAAUUUUAGGCUAUCAAUGUUGUUUCAUGCAAGUCCUAUAUGUAAAUUGUAUGGUAGAAGUGAACAUGUUUUUAGAAGGGUUUCUCGAA